GUGUAACUUGCAUUAUAUUGGGUGUUUCAUAUUGAAUUUGUUUGUAAUUAAAAAAUAACUAAUUCAAGAUGAAUAAAAAUGCUAAUAUGAGUUAUCGAGAGGUCAUACCUCGAAACUUGAAUCCAGAGGAAUGGAUAGACGUCGAAAUAAACACAGGCACACAAAGUACGCUACAGGACAUUAAAACAUUUGGAAAGUCCGGUAGCUUCUGUUACAGUAAUCUUGGAAACGUUCAAAAUAGGAAUCGCUUCAUAUAUUGGCGCACAUAUCAGGAUAUUGUUGAGCUUUCGGAAGUCAGUUUAGAUGUGACGCUGCUGAGGAACCAUGUUCGUCUACGCUUUACGGACUCUGCAGUACUGAAUGUUUCGCUCUCCGAGCAGGAAAACUGUGUCACUUUGUUGGUGGUCACCGUCAGCAGCAUCCAUCGCAUUGCAUUUCCCGCACAGAGCGAUGGAAUGCUGGCCGCCGGAACUGCCACAGCGGAUGCUCAAAAACAUUCAGUUUUCUAUGAUGCCAACGUGAACUUGAAAGACCGUAGUACAUUUCAUGUGCUAGAUGGAAGUAUGGCCAUUAAUGUACCCCAACUCGCUGCUUCCGACAUCUCUCAGAAUAGCGAAGAGGCAUAUUUUGCCGUCGACUAUCAGACAAAGCUAAUGCUUCACGUUAUGAAUUCUCGCACGGGCAUCACAAUAUCGCACGAGGUGAAAGAGUCCAAUUUAAUGCCACGUUUUCUAUCCAACUUGAAAGGAGCUUUAACUGGACGAGGCGAUAAUUUGGCGGCAUCUAUUUCCAUGUCAUUCAGUCACAUUGAGGGAGAGAUGUUCUUGCUGGUGCUCUAUCGGAAUAAUGAGUUGCGUUUGUGGUCAGUGGCCACAUUGCAGAAUAUUGCCUCUAUUAACUGUGCCGAGACGCAAGGAGCUCAAGGACCCCAAAAUAGUAUGAUGCGUAAAAUAGAUGACCGUAACUUUUGCGUAUUUUUGUCGCAUGAAAGAAGCGCAGAAUUCAUUUGCCUCAGUAUUGUUUGCAACUUGGCGGAGACGAAUACAAAGAAUAUUAGCUUAGCUGUGCAACAUAAAGUGCCAGCUCCGCAAAUGGAUUUGGCUGACUUUGAUGCAACGUCCUCUCAUAUCUGGACGCUUUGGAGUAAUUCGGAGGGUGAUUUCAAUGUGUCGGCAAUCUUCUUGGGUGCGGACAAAACAAUUAAAUGGGUGACUGCUGCAUUGGAGCCACCACCGGACAGGUGUUGCCUGACUAUAGAGCAUGGCGUGGAUCCACGUGAGGCAUACACCUCGUAUAUAUUUCAUCCGGGUCGAUUUGAUUACAAUGUGAUUGCCAAGGCGCUUUAUAUGUUCCGACGUGCCAACUUGCAAUUCGAUAUGAAGCAGUUGACAUUAACAAUGCUUAAGGAGCAGGUGGCGCAAGCCGUUGAAGAUGAGAUACAAAGUGAGCUGAAAGAUUUCGUUGUCAGCGACGAAGAGUAUUUAGAAAUUGCGACCAGACUCUGGGAUCGUUUCUAUUCUUGCUGUGAGCAGUACCACAUCAAAUCCUCGGAGCCCAUCGGCCUCGCUGUUUUAGGCGACAUGGAUGCUGUUUGUGUUGUCCGCAGGCAAUCGUUUGCUCUGCUGCGCCCUUGUGAAAUGUUGGAACAUCUAAUGCUUGCGGAGGAGCACACAGAUGAUGUAACAGCCUUUGUGGCAUCUUAUUGUCGCAACGAUCCCACAGCAGCAAUGAGUUUUGUUCAACUUAUGAAGAUCAUCACUCAGCUAGAAAAGCACCUAACCGAUGAUAUCAAAAUUGAAAUGGAUAAAAAUCUGUAUCAACGGGAUGAUAAAGUCAUUGCCAAUUUAUUGCAUCGAAUAACUGCUGGCGAUGAGGGACUCGAUGACUACAAUUCUGUUGCACUGCCUCGUCGCUACAUUGAUCAAAUCCAGCUAAAGUUGCAGACAAUAUUACACUUGGAUACGGCCGUUAAUAUGCUGUUGGAUUUACUUGCCAUUGUUGACCAGGACGCUUAUCCAGAGCCCAUAAAUGGUCUUUCAAAGUCGACACGUUUCUUGCAGUCCACUGGAGCAUUAUUUGGCAGCGAGUAUGGCAUUUCUAUUCUUGCCGAAACGGUUAAGCAAAUGGCAAUGAUACGUUUUUCUGUUUGUCGCAACCUUUUGAUUUUGCAGUACAUCAUUUAUGGACAGGCUGGCCACAAGAACUUUUCCAUCAAGACAAAUAUUAAUUUCUUAAACUCCUAUUAUACGCUAGUUUGGAUAUCUGAGACGUCAAUAUCACUCAAUACUCCAGUUAACUUUGAGGUGUCCAUACAGCGUUUGACGCGUGCACAACUCUUUAGCGGCUAUACGCGUCCUUAUUCGAGCCAAAUUCGUUUAAAUAGUCAGACAACGCUGCUGUGUCUGUUUCUGCAAUCAAAGGGAUUAUUUAGCGCACUUUCUAUGCUACUAAAGGAACCUAAUCAACCAUUGGAUCAACUGUCAAUGCGGCAGACACUGCUCCAACUAGUUGGAUUUAUUAAUCAGAUGCUCUGGCCAGAGGCUUGGAACGAUGUAUUUCCGGAGUGGCUCUUUGGCACUUGUCAUCACAUUAUCAUUCAGGAUUAUGUACGCUUAUUGUCUGGCUGGUGUGAUGAGAAAGCUAUUUCACGUUGCUUUAUUCUGGCAGUUUCUCUUCUUGAUUGUGGUGAACCGCAAAAAUCAAUUUCCCUAUUUGAGCAAGUGGCAGAAAAUGUGUUAAAGGAACCUUUUCUAUUUGAACAAGUUUUGAAAAACACACCGCUUUACUCCAAGCUUGAAGGCAUACUCAGCAGACAGAGUAUUGUGCUAACAAAAGAGGACUAUAAACUAGCCUUGGUGCAUUAUUAUCUAAAAGUUAUACAAUUAUUCGAACAACACUCGGCAUCUGAUUAUAUUAUUCAAUUGGCUCACAUGGCUAUGAGCAAGCUGCAUGUGGAAGACCCUCAGUUGCCCAUGUUCCAAUCGAUAGUAUUUAACAAUCAUUUGCAGCUUGGACACUAUGAGGAGGCAUAUCAUGCUUUAGUUUAUAAUGCUGAUACCUCGCGACGCAAGGAUUGUCUGCGUCAAUUGGUCAUUAUGCUAUUUCAGUGUAAGCGAUUUGAUCUUCUCAUGCAGUUGCCCUACAAUUGCUUACAAGAGGAGUUCGAAAACAUUGUCGAGUCCCGUGCACGUUCCCUUAGCAUCGAUCAAAAUGAAGUCUACAAUUUUCUGUAUGCUUUCCAUGCUAACAAAGGCAACAUGCGCAAGGCUGCGACAGUUAUGUAUGAACAGGCCAUGAGAUUGCAGGUGGACAGCGAUGCUCCCGAUGCAUUGCAGAAGCGCUGCUCAUCACUUCUCGUUUGCAUCAAUUGCUUGUAUUUGGUCGACAAACGUUAUAGAUGGAUUGCCAAACCCACAAUUGGUGACGAGAAACUACCAAUGGAUCAAGAUAACGAAGAGUUACCCAAAGAGGACAGUGGAAGUGGCCAAGAUGUUGUUGUACUUGAAUUAUCCGACAUACGUCGUGAGCUGCUGCACGCGGAGGCGUUAAGAGAACUGUCCUAUCAUCGCAAGGACGUGGGUGCCUACGAAUUGGCUGGUGCCGAAGAGCUCUCCUAUCUCCUGGCCACUUGUGGUCUAUACACAGCGGCGUUGAAACUUGCACGUGGUAAUGAGUUCUCUGUGCUGCCAAUAUUUGAGAGUCUUGCAGCCGCAUGUGUUAGCACCUCGGAGGAUAAAUCCAAGGAUGCUUGGACUUGGCUACAAAACAAUGAUUUAGCAGAUCUGGCGCAUCGCAACAGCGCUGCCGAUAUGGCUUGGUCCUUGCUGCAGAAGCUCGUUGUCGAUAAUGAACUGAGUGAAUCGACUUUAAUACGGAAAGCGGUUGUUAACCGUAUACUAACAUUGAAUGCAUUUGUGCCUCAAUGGCUGUACGACUCGUACAAGUUGGCCAACUCCCGGGAACUGCUGCUUCUCUAUGUAAAACAUAAUCGUUUACUGGAUGCCACCGAAUUAGCAUGCGAAAUGAUUGGCGGCAUGCUGGGAGCAGGCAGUGAAUAUUUCGAUUUUAAGCAUUCGGUGAAUGUGACGAACCCGCAGCUAUCAUUUCCCAUCAAUACAAUCGAUCUGCUGUUGCACGGCUUGCAGAUCAAUGGCAAGGAGCAUAUUGAAUACGAAAUGGCUCAUGUCAAGCUGGAGGAAGAAGUUGCUAGAUACGUUGAGACUGUCAAACGUACUACAGAAGAUAAAAUUAAACUAGCUAUUUUAACAGAAAGGGAGAAUCGACAACAACAGCAGAUUUUCGGUUGAGCACUCAUGCAUUUAUUCAGCUCGUUUAAUAAUAAUAAUAAAACAUACAAUUAAUAUUAA